AUGGCGAACCCGUGCUUGCGGCGGCCGGCGGACAGUUUGGCAGUAUUCGCGGCCCUCUGGGGCGCCAUCCGAGGAGAACGUGGGAUGAAGCGACCGAGCAGCGCUGGAAACCGCGGCGGCGUGCCUCCGUGGCCGCUGGGACGAAAGGGGAUUCGCAUCGGCCCCGUGGCCGUGGGCGCCCCCAGGCGGUCCCUUGGGCGGAUUGCCGGCAAGACCCAGCUGAUUCGGAUCCAGCAGCGGGUGCCGGACUACGGAUGGACGACGCAGAAGGUCUUCCACCUGCUGAACUUCCUGUUCUGCGUCCUCCGCGCCGUCUCCUUCGCGCUGUACACCCUCCUGGAUGAGCUCAACGACAGCAACGUGCACCAGGCCGUCGCAAAGCUCGUCGUCUUUGACCUUCCAGGCCUCCUGUUCUUCACGACCUUCACUUUGCUGGUGCUUUUCUGGGCCGAAAUCUACCACCAGGCCAGCAACGUGGACACCAGGUUUCUGAGGCCUUACUUCAUCAAAGUGAACGUCCUCGUUUAUGUGGUCGAGAUCAUCUUGUGGGGUCUAUCGGCAGUGAGCCUGUCGCAUACCUGGGCACGUUAUGCAUCUGCGGGAUUCUUGAGUGCUGUUUCAGUGGGCGCAGUGGUGGGCUUCCUUGUGUAUGGCUGCCGCCUGUUUUCGAUGUUGAGGCAGUUCCCCAUAGAGUCUCGCGGCAGGCACAAGAAGCUGCAGGAAGUUGGCCUCAUCACUGUUAUAUGCUCAGCCUGCUUUGCCAUAAGGGCGCUGCUGUUGAUCCUGUACAUCGUGGACGAUAGAGACUUCGACGUGGACUUGAUGCAGAACCCCCUCCUCAACAUCAUGUUCUAUGUUGCGUGUGAGAUCCUGGCCGCCGUGCUGGUCCUUUGCAUCCUGCACCGCUUGCCACCAAAGCACAAGGCCCCCCGCCAAAGGCCUGUCCAAGGUGGCGACUACCAGCCAAUCGCAGCGUCGGAGGAGGGUUGA